UUGGUUCGCAGAGCAAGAGGCGAGACAACACGCGCGGAGGGAAAAGGCAGGCUGCGAUCGCUCUGCUGCUCCGGACUGGAGCCCGGAGCGGGUGAGCGCAGAAGAAGGACGAAGGAGGGUCUUGGCUUUUUCCGUGGUGCCCGAGGACGGCCCAUCGCCCUCCGAGAGACUGACGGACGGACGGCGCCUCUCUGCAGCGAGCCUUUGGAGUACCGCGAGCCGGGAGGCGAAGGAUGCCCGGGGCUCGGGCAGCCCACUGCGGGGCAGCGCUGUGGCUCGGGCUGCUCGGUGGCAUCUUCUGCAGAGCCUGGACGGCUCCCGCCACGUCCCAAAAAUGUGAUGAGCCCCUUGUGUCUGGACUACACCAUGCAGCUUUCAGCAGCUCAUCCUCCAUGUCUGGGAGCUAUUCACCUGGCUAUGCCAAGAUCAACAAGCGAGGGGGUGCUGGGGGAUGGUCUCCAUCAGACAGUGACCAUUAUCAGUGGCUUCAGGUUAACUUUGGCAACCGGAAGCAGCUCAGUGCCAUAGCGACUCAAGGCAGAUACAGCAGCUCCGACUGGGUGACCCAAUAUCGCAUGCUGUACAGUGACACUGGGAGAAACUGGAAACCCUACCAUCAAGAUGGGAAUAUCUGGGCAUUUCCUGGGAACGUCAACUCUGAUAGUGUUGUCCGGCACGAUUUACAGCAUCCUGUCAUCGCCCGCUACGUCCGCUUUGUGCCUCUGGAUUGGAAUGGAGAAGGCCGCAUUGGGCUCAGGAUUGAGGUCUACGGCUGUUCUUACUGGGCUGAUGUUAUCAACUUCGAUGGCCAUGUUGUGUUACCAUAUAGAUUCAGAAACAAGAAGAUGAAAACGCUGAAAGAUGUCAUUGCCUUGAAAUUUAAAACUUCUGAAAGUGAAGGGGUAAUCUUACACGGGGAAGGACAGCAAGGGGAUUAUAUUACUUUGGAACUCAAAAAAGCCAAGCUGGUCUUCAGUUUAAACCUAGGAAGCAACCAGCUUGGCCCCAUAUACGGCCACACGUCCGUGAUGACAGGAAGCCUGCUGGAUGAUCACCACUGGCACUCUGUGGUCAUUGAGCGCCAGGGCCGGAGCAUCAACCUCACCCUGGACAGAAGCACACAGCACUUCCGCACCAAUGGGGAGUUCGACUACCUGGAUUUGGACUAUGAGAUAACCUUCGGAGGCAUACCUUUCUCUGGAAAACCAAGUUCCAGCAGUAGAAAGAACUUCAAAGGCUGCAUGGAAAGCAUCAACUACAACGGCAUCAACAUAACAGAUCUGGCGAGAAGGAAGAAACUGGAGCCCUCAAAUGUGGGAAAUUUGAGUUUCUCGUGUGUGGAGCCUUACACCGUACCUGUCUUUUUCAACGCUACCAGUUAUCUGGAGGUGCCCGGACGGCUUCACCAGGACCUGUUUUCGGUUAGCUUCCAGUUCAGGACUUGGAACCCCAAUGGUCUCCUGCUUUUCAGUCAUUUUGCAGAUAACUUGGGCAACGUGGAGAUUGACCUCACUGAGAGCAAAGUUGGUGUUCACAUCAACGUCACGCAGACCAAGAUGAACCAGAUAGACAUUUCGUCAGGUUCUGGGUUGAAUGAUGGCCAGUGGCAUGAGGUCCGUUUCCUAGCUAAGGAGAAUUUUGCUGUUCUCACUAUCGAUGGAGAUGAAGCCUCAGCAGUUCGAACUAACAGUCCUCUUCAAGUUAAAACUGGUGAAAAGUACUUUUUCGGAGGUUAUCUGAACCAGAUGAAUAACUCAAGUCACUCUGUCCUUCAGCCUUCAUUCCAAGGAUGCAUGCAGCUCAUUCAAGUGGAUGAUCAACUUGUAAAUUUAUCCGAAGUGGCGCAAAGGAGGCCUGGAAGUUUUGCGAAUGUCAGCAUUGACAUGUGUGCCAUCAUAGACAGAUGUGUGCCCAAUCACUGUGAGCAUGGUGGGAAGUGCUCUCAAACAUGGGACAGCUUCAAAUGCACUUGCGAUGAGACUGGAUACAGUGGGGCCACCUGCCACAACUCCAUCUAUGAGCCUUCCUGUGAAGCAUACAAACACCUGGGCCAGACCUCAAAUUACUACUGGAUAGAUCCUGAUGGCAGUGGACCACUGGGGCCUCUGAAAGUUUACUGCAACAUGACAGAGGACAAAGUAUGGACUAUCGUGUCUCACGAUUUGCAGAUGCAGACGACGGUGGUGGGCUACAACCCAGAAAAAUACUCGGUAACACAGCUCAUAUACAGCGCCUCCAUGGACCAGAUCAGCGCCAUCACCAGCAGCGCCGAGUACUGUGAGCAGUAUGUCUCCUAUUUCUGCAAGAUGUCAAGGUUGUUGAACACCCCAGAUGGAAGCCCUUACACCUGGUGGGUUGGCAAAGCCAACGAGAAGCACUACUACUGGGGAGGCUCUGGGCCUGGAAUCCAGAAAUGUGCCUGCGGCAUCGAGCGCAACUGCACGGACCCCAGAUACUUCUGCAACUGUGACGCGGAUUACAAGCAGUGGAGAAAGGAUGCUGGUUUCUUAUCCUACAAAGAUCACCUGCCAGUCAGCCAGGUGGUGGUUGGAGAUACCGACCGGCAAGGCUCAGAAGCCAAGCUGAGUGUGGGUCCCCUGCGCUGCCAAGGAGACAGGGAUUACUGGAAUGCGGCCUCUUUCCCAAACCCAUCAUCCUACCUGCAUUUCUCCACUUUCCAAGGAGAGACCAGUGCAGACAUCUCCUUCUACUUCAAAACGCUAAUCCCCCGCGGAGUGUUUCUUGAAAAUCUGGGGAACACGGAUUUCAUCAAACUCGAACUGAAAUCUGCCACAGAAGUGUCCUUUUCAUUUGACGUUGGAAAUGGGCCAGUGGAGAUGGUGGUGAGGUCGCCCACCCCACUCAACGAUGACCAGUGGCACCGGGUCACCGCGGAGAGGAACGUCAAGCAGGCCAGCCUGCAGGUGGACCGUCUGCCACAGCAGGUCCGCAAGGCCCCGACGGAAGGCCACACCCGCCUGGAGCUCUACAGCCAGCUGUUUGUGGGUGGUGCUGGAGGCCAGCAGGGCUUCCUGGGCUGUAUCCGCUCCCUAAGGAUGAAUGGGGUGACUCUGGACUUGGAAGAGAGAGCCAAGGUCACAUCUGGUUUCAAAUCCGGGUGCUCAGGGCACUGCACCAGCUACGGAGCGAACUGUGAGAAUGGAGGCAAGUGCAUAGAGAAGUACCAUGGCUAUUCCUGCGAUUGCUCCAACACAGCCUAUGAUGGAACAUUUUGCAACAAAGACGUGGGUGCGUUUUUUGAAGAGGGGAUGUGGCUGCGGUAUAACUUCCAGGCGCCUGCCAUCGGGACCCGGGAUUCGGGCAGCAGAUCGGAGAACUCUCCGGACCCGCAGAAUGGAGCCCCAGACCUGGCGGGCGAGGAGAUCCGCUUCAGCUUCAGCACCACCAAGGCGCCCUGCAUCCUCCUCUACGUCAGCUCCUUCACCACCGACUUCCUGGCGGCGCUCGUCAAACCCACCGGAAGCCUCCAGAUCCGGUACAACCUGGGUGGCACCCGGGAGCCCUAUAACAUUGACGUGGACCACCGGAGCAUGGCCAAUGGCCAGCCCCACAGCGUUAACAUCACCCGUCAUGAGAGGACCAUCACUCUCAAGCUGGAUCACUAUCCUUCCGUGAGUUACCACCUGCCAAGUUCAUCCGACACGCUCUUCAAUUCUCCCAAGGCGCUCUUCCUAGGAAAAGUCAUAGAAACAGGGAAGAUCGACCAAGAGAUCCACAAGUACAACACCCCGGGAUUCACCGGCUGCCUCUCCAGAGUCCAGUUCAACCAAAUCGCCCCUCUCAAGGCGGCCUUGAGGCAGACCAACGCCUCAGCUCACGUGCACAUCCAGGGAGAGCUGGUGGAAUCCAACUGCGGGGCCUCCCCGCUCACCCUGUCACCCAUGUCGUCUGCCACCGACCCCUGGCACUUGGACCACCUGGAUUCAGCCAGUGCUGAUUUUCCAUAUAACCCAGGACAAGGCCAGGCCAUAAGAAAUGGAGUCAACAGAAACUCGGCCAUCAUUGGAGGGGUCAUUGCCGUGGUCAUCUUCACCAUCCUCUGCACCUUGGUCUUCCUCAUUCGCUACAUGUUCCGUCACAAGGGCACCUACCACACCAACGAGGCGAAGGGCGCGGAGUCCGCCGAGAGCGCCGACGCCGCCAUCAUGAACAACGACCCCAACUUCACAGAGACCAUCGACGAGAGCAAGAAGGAAUGGCUCAUCUGAGGCGCGGCGCUUGGGCUCCGGGAAGUGGGGGGCGGGAGAGGGGGGAGCGUGACCAGGGAGGAGGGCAAGGGACGGAAGCACCCUACUUCAUAGCCCUGAGCACGCCCUGCAGAGAUCAGCACAAGCUGGGGAGGCAAGCGACCGCAAACUCCUGGAGACGGACGGCCACAAAAAAAAAAAAACACAACUUUUUGAUAUUUCUUUAUAGCUGAGUUUCCCCUUCUGUAUCAAAACAAAAUAAUACAAAAACUGCUUUUAGAGUUUAAGCAAUGGUCAACAUUUGUAGGUACUAUCUGUCGAAUAUUUUGUGUGUGUUUAGAGAGGUGUUCUGAAAACUCACAGGAACAGGGCCCGUUUUCUACAAUUUUCAGCGCCCUUAGUACGUGGAUAUUUUUCCUGGAGAAACGUUGAUGCACAUGUACACGGCCUCCCGCGUUUUCUUCUUUUUACAUAGAGUCAGCCUCUGAUGGGCUGUGGUAGUAACUAGUUAGUGUUCAUAAGAUAUUUCUUUGGUGUCCUGUGAAUUGGAAAAGGAAAGGAAGGGCCUGUGAUUUACCAGUUUUCAGAGAGACCUCAGUGUGUGCCGGUUCUCUGAGAGUUCCCACUGGAGGCAGAGGGGUGCGUUCCCUCCUGUGUGACAGAACCAUCAGGACAACCCAGAGACGCUUUCAGACCCAGGGGAAGCACUCCCCUACUGGAUCGCUGGUUUUACUUUGAAUCAGAUUCUACGCGAUUACACCGCUCCACAUCUGUAGUCUUAGACCUAUCCGGUGUCUGUAACUGUCAGCUACAAUACCUGGUGAUCAGCCAAGACAAAGGGUUUUCCCUCUGCUUUACCUACAAGAUACUAGGUUAGACUGUAAGUGUGUGUAAGCACCAUGGUGAGGAAUUAGAGCCAGAUGUUGAGAUGUGUUGGCUCUGUGUCUUCUAUAGUUGGUAGCAGGAGUGUGGACACUUCUUAGAGAAUGCUUAAGUUAGGUUGCUCUUCUUCUUUUGCUUUAUCUGGUCUUUAUGCGCCUGUGACAAGAUCCUUAGCAGACAGUGUCUCUGAAUGGACGGACCAAAAUAAAGCCAAGUUGUGAUUGCGAUUGUUAUUGCUAUUAUUCUGGAAUCAUGUGCAAAAUCCUGCCCUAUUCUAACUGAUCUACUCCAUGUAUUAUUCCAUCCUAAACAGACGCACGGCCGUGAUUCAGGGACUUUGUCUUUGGCAGAUACGUCUGAAGUUCAGGUUCAUCACAACCUGGGAACUGACCGUUGCUUCUCAGAGAAUGGACAUCUCUGGUCAGCCAGACCUCAGCUUAUUCAGGAGCCUUGAUCAACUAAUUCCAGCAAGGAACUAUUUAUUUAAAACUAAUUGACUGUUUCUGUAGACCAGUGGGACAACUCUCCUAUUGAAGCAUCCAAAAAAUAAUUUCAUGUAUUUAUUUUACAAGAAGAUUACACAAAAGUUAUUUCUAGAAUGACUUAACAUUUAUGAUCAUUACAGUUCGGGCUGUUAGAUUUGAUAAGGAUGUUAAAAUUUUCUUAGACUCCAACGUUUUGAGGCAUUAAAUAACACUUUUUUCUUUCUCCUCCUGGAAGGAGGUAAGAUGAGGUUAAAAUGGUACUGUUGGUCGGGUGGCCUACCUUGAGAAAAUGGAAAUUCUAGUUUGUUUGGGUGAUGUAUUCAAGACACUUCGGGAUAGCUAACUUAUUGGAGGAUCUCAGUUUCUUGAGUGAUGGAACGUGUUAUCUUCGCUGCACCUGGCACCAGUGCCUGGCACAUUCCCAAGGAGACAGUGGGCCAGUUAAGCCACAUUUAAGUCGAGGUCACAGAACAAAAGGGGAUUCUACUGCCCUUUUACAGUUGCUGGCCUCAGGCAUGAGCGUAACACCCUUUAUUUAAAAGUCUUGAUCAUUCUUCCCUAAAAUGCAUUUAACAUGAAAAGCAUUCAUUGUAACUAAAUAAUUAGAAAAACGUGACAUUUACAAGGACAUAUUGAAAACAAACAUUAUUAAUUUGACCAAGAUGACUCCCAUUAAGGAUUAUUUUCUAUAUUGUCAAAUUGAAAAAGCAAACUUUAAACUUUAUAUUUUAAAACGUUUCUGAUUUCUUAAAACCUAUUUGACAGGUAUCACUUUUACACUUGACAAAUAACACCAGAUGGAAAUUUGUUAUUUAUUGUACUUCCCAUGACAGUUUUAUUCUACAUACAUUAUCUGAGCACUUUCCCUUUCUUUCCAAAAUAUUAAGAAAACAAUCAAACGUAUCCCCUUCAACUAAAAUGUUCCUACCCUUUCUCUCCUCUGUCUUUUCUUUUUCCUGUCACAGAAAAGUGUAAAAUAAAACCUAAUACUUCUCCACAAAUUUUCGAACGUAGGGCACCCGGAUGCCUGCAGGGGUCAGUGUUUCUCCCAUCUCAGCAUCAUUUGAGAUGGUCUCUGCCCUGAAGGGGGUAGUAGCCCAGCCAGCGGACAGGACACAACACAGUGGAUAAGGAUUUAAGUAGUGAAGUAACGUACCAAAUGCGUGCUGGACGUCUCCAAUAUGGGACUGCAGUCUUCACCCAGAUCCCUGACUCUAUCUGCGAAGGCCACAUGUAGUACCUUCUAAAUGCUAAUUUUGUUUACGUGCACAAAAGGAUGCUGCCCUCUUCUUUCCAGCUCCCCAGGCAGCCAUGGCAUUACAACCCAAGUUCAGUGCCCAGCCUUGCUUAGUCAAUCAUAUCCGGCCAAAGCUGAUCCCAACAGCUCACCAGCAGAGCACUAAGAGGCUGGUGGUGGCUCUUUCAGUGAUAACCAGAACAAAACAAAGUUUCCUUUAAAUAAGAGGUUUUUUUAAAGUUUCAGGGGCAACUGAUGAUUGAUCCUGGCUUGUUCGUGCAGGAAACAUCUUCUGUGUACAAACCAAGCAUGUCUGUUUUGAGUUGCUAGGAUUGGAGACUUUGAAUGAAUGCAAAAUCAGUGCCAGUCUGAGCUCUCAGUGUAUUCCCUUGAGCUCAAGGAAGCUAGCUUGGGAGGUAAGAAGUUAUAUUCUUAAGCUCUUCUCUGGCCCUUAGCAUAAAAGACAACAUUUCCCCUUGUGGCUUUCAAGCAACUGCUCGGAAAAAAAAAAAAAAAAAGAGAGAGAGAGGACCUGUUGUGUGGAAGUUUUUGUUGAGUUGGAGACAAGAGUUUGAGAGUUUUUGUUGGAAAAUUGCCUGUUGCCCUGCACUUGAAAAGCAAGCAUCCUUUACUUACAGGAGCAGGAUUUCUGAGGCUCGGAAAAGAAAUUGGCGUGAGCCCAAAAGUAGAUUUCAUGUUGUUGUUGAACAUCUGUGGGGCAGCCACUAGAUGGCGCUGAGAGUUGGGCACAACGACACAAACCGUAGUAACUUCCAAAGGAAAAGCACAUGUCUCUGUUAGGAAUAUGCCGUGUCAGUGUGAAACUUUUACUUCUUUCUCCAUCUGUUGUUUUCUAUUCUUCCAUGUGUUCUUUUUCACUCUCUCCUUUCUCUUAUGCUGUAAACGUUUUCAUGGUCCCUUAACAUCUCACAUCUCCAAAUGAUCAGUACCUGAUUGGAAGCUGUUACUAUUUUUUUCCUCCUUUUCACCAUCCUGCCCAAGCAGUUUUCAAAGAGAAAGGCAACAGUUGUUAAACUGAAUUCCAAUGAGCCAGCCAAAAAUAGGUCAAAAUUGCUAGUCCCAAUAGAACCGCCGCAUGUGGAACAAUCAGUGUGUCCAACUGAUUUGGGCUGAAGACCAAUGGAUGCCAUUUUUAAAAUGAUGUUUUGGUGAGAGUGAUCCUGAGAGUCACUUGAUGGAGUGCAAGCCCUUUUCUCUGUCUGACAUGUUCUGUGACCUCAGCCAAGUGGCUGACCCUCUCUGUUUCUCUUUGCCUUGUAUGUAAGCUAGAGCUGUUUCUUAUCUGCUUCAUAACACAAUGGGGAGGUGCCAUGGAUCCUUGGCUGCAGAUACUUUGAAACCCAAACAUAAAGGCCAAGUCAGUGGACCUAUUGGAAGUCUUACUUUCCAGCUUGUGGUUAAGAAGCCAAGCAGUCAAGUCCAAGAGUGUGGAAACAUGAGGCAUUGUUGUACAACCAUUAGAUUCGGAGUCAGGGAGACUGCCAGGGAGCUUUUCUGUCAACAUCAGCAGGUGCAACACAGCCAAGGGCCAGAACUCCUGUGUAUAAAGCCCCAAGUUCCCACCUAGGUGUGAUGUGAUUUGCAGCUUACCAUGCCCCAGUGUGAUUGAAAUGGCUUAUAAAUAAGAAAACAUGAACAACUAAUGUGACUAUUUCACAUAGCCCAGUGGCUCUCUGCUUAAACUGCACACACCCUGCAUGAUAGAAACUUUAAAUUUAUUUCACAGCAGUAUUUUAUAUAUAUACACAACUGAUAUGUGCAGCUCACGGUCAAUGAAGUAGGGAAACCAUGUUGAAAAGUUGCUUACCCCCCAUGGAGCAAAGACUGGCUGAAGAUAAUGAAGAUACCUGGGCACAUGGAUAUUAAUACUCACCAGGCACUUGUGAGUUUAUUUUCCAGAUAAAAACAUGCUUUAAGAGCCUGUCUACUUAGAUGGGCUGCACCAUUUUCUGAGUCUCCGUUUAUUUACAGCAAUUGCUGGAUUUUGAGAUGGUUCUCAAAACACGGAGAUUCCUCCCAUCUUGUAGGCCAAGAAACAGUUCUCAAUGUCACUUAUUCUAAGUUUGUUUUGUCGGGUAUUUUGGGUUGGUUUUUUUUUUUUUUUUUUUUUUUUUUUUCGGUGAACAUGGUGAACUGCAGAGGUUGAAGUUGUGAAAAGGCUGGGCUAAUAUUCUCUCUGUAAAGUCAAUUAGGCUUUCUAUCCCUGUGAAAUAACCAGGAAAUUUCACUCUCUAAAAGCAACAGCAUGUAAACUAGAAUGGAAGAAGGAAAUUAUGUAUGUAUGCCUACUCUUCUUUGUGAAUGUCUUUCAUUUAACUAAAAUUAUAUUAGAAACCAGAUUAAUAAAUAAAAAAGUCCAAAAUAGUUUCAAUUAUC